GAUGUCAUGGUUGCUGGUGGAAUGGAGAGCAUGUCUAAUGUUCCGUACACAAUGAGCAGAGGAUCAACACCUUACGGAGGAGUAAAGCUGGAAGACCUGAUAGUAAAAGAUGGGCUUACAGAUGCUUACAACCAUAUCCAUAUGGGCAACUGUGCUGAGAAUACUGCGAAGAAGUUUACUAUUUCACGAGAAGAACAAGACACUUACGCCAUAGGCUCUUACACCAAGAGCAAAACAGCCUGGGAUUCAGGAAUAUUGAAAAAUGAAAUCGUUCCUGUCACUAUUUCAAAAAAAGGAAAGCCAGAUACAGAAGUGAAAGAAGAUGAAGAAUACAAACGUGUUGAUUUCAGUAAAGUUCCAAAGCUGAAAGCUGUUUUCCAAAAAGAAAAUGGAACAGUUACAGCUGCUAAUGCCAGUACUCUCAAUGAUGGAGCAGCUGCUUUGGUGCUGAUGACUACAGAGGCAGCCAAGAGACUGAACGUCAAACCAUUGGCACGGAUAGUAGCUUUUGCAGAUGCUGCUGUUGAUCCUAUUGACUUCCCAAUUGCACCUGCGUAUGCUGUUCCCAAGAUUCUAAGUGAGACAGGCCUGAAAAAAGAAGAUAUUGCAAUGUGGGAAAUCAAUGAAGCGUUCAGUGUUGUGGUGCUGGCCAAUGUUAAAAUGCUGGGUAUUGAUCCACAAAAAGUAAAUAUGCAUGGAGGUGCUGUCUCUCUCGGACAUCCCAUAGGAAUGUCGGGAGCAAGAAUUGUUGUUCACAUGACCCACGCCUUGAAACAAGGCCAAUAUGGUCUUGCAGGAAUUUGCAAUGGAGGAGGAGGUGCUUCCGCGAUAUUGAUAGAGAAGUUGUAGGCCCAAAUAGCGCUGGAACCAAAGCCUUAAAUGCGCUCUGAUCAAAAUGAUGAGUGGUACCUGUUACAUCUUAUUUAUCAAUAAGUGGGUGAAUUCCUUAACUGCUAUUCUAAAAUUUCUUAAAGCAUCAUUGAUUAUUGAUACAGACAACUGGGCUUGUAUUACUUUGACUCAGUGUGAGUUUUUAUACAGUACAAAUAAACAAUGUCAAAUGAUGAUAAUGUGUUGAGACCUCAGAAUAAACAAUGUUUGUUAACU